UCCGCCGACAAAAAAUGACGAUCGCACUGCGCUCGCUAUGCCAUGUGAGUUCAACAAACAAGCAUGGUUGAUGUUCUUGCUUGUUGAAAAAAUGCCACAAAUCGUACAAAGAUUUUGAGAUUUUGAGCGUUCUCUUGCAAAAAUGAAGUUUUCUUACAAGUUUUCCAACUUGCUUGGAACUGUCUACAAAACAGGCGAUUUGUUAUUCUCGCCUGAUGGAAACUCUGUUAUCAGUCCUGUUGGAAACAAGAUAUCAGUCUUCGACUUGAAAAAUAACAAGGCAUCAACGCUACCCAUCGAAAGCCGGUUUAAUUUCACCGCUCUUGAUCUCUCUCCAAAUGGAAGAUUUUUGCUAGCGAUUGAAGAGACUGGAAAGGCCUACUACAUUAGCAUGGUGACCCAGACGAUCCUACACACUUACCAUUUCAAAAGAAAAAUUACAAGAAUAAAAUUCAGCCCUGAUGGAAAAUAUUUUGCUAUUUGCAAAGAGAGUUUAGUUUUCAUUUACAAAGCUCCAAAUUACGCUGUUGGAGAGCUGAAUCCAUUUGAGUUGGUCAGAUGCAUAAGAGGAGCAUAUGAUGAUACUUCGUGCAUUGACUGGACAUCAGAUUCAAAAGUAAUUGCCAUUGGUGCCAAGGACAUGAUCACAAGACUGUACGGUAUCGAUCGAUUAGCGAAUUUUGGAAUUCAGUCUCUCGGCAGCCACAGAGAUUCUAUUGUUGCUUGCUUCUUUGAGGACAAUUCUUUGGAUAUUACCACUAUCGGAAGGAAUGGCCACGUUUCUGUCUGGGAGUGUAACAUAGAGCUGUCUGAUUUAAAACCAUGGGUUGAUUCGGAAAACUUCGAAGUUGAAAGUGACGAUGAAAAGCCAGACGAUGUUGAUGAAAGACAUGCUGAGCGAACGACAGAUGAGCAGGAGAAGAUCGACAAGAGGAAAGAGGUGGAGGUUGUCGAGGAGGAGGAACAGGGUGCCGCCACUGUGAUCAACUACAAAAGGGCUUCCAAGCACUACCUGAAAGAUCUGCUAAGGGAGUCACCUAAGGCAAUGCUGAUCAGUGCUGCUUAUCACAAAGGGACGCACUUGCUGGUUACUGGCUUCUCCAACGGCGCCUUUUUCUUGCAUGAGAUGCCUGACGUCAACCUAAUUCAUUCACUGAGUAUUUCAGAGCAGAGUAUUUCAUCUUUGGCCAUUAAUAAUACUGGAGAUUGGAUCGGAAUUGGCUGUUCCAGUCUAGGGCAACUUGUUGUUUGGGAAUGGCAAAGUGAAACUUAUGUGAUGAAGCAGCAGGGCCACUACAACAACAUGUAUUGUCUUGAUUAUUCACCAGAUGGGCAGUUCAUUGCAACUGGCGGAGGAGAUGGAAAGGUUAAAAUCUGGAAUACCAUGACUGGAUUUUGUGUUGUUACCUUUAAUGAGCACACCUCUGCUGUUACUGGAGUUCAGUUCAGCAACAACCGGAAAGUCAUCAUCUCAUCCUCUUUAGAUGGCACAGUUAGAGCUUUCGAUAUGAUUAGGUAUCGUAAUUUCCGAACUUUUACCUCUCCAAGACCAGCACAGUUUAGCUGUGUUGCAAUGGACACUACUGCAGAGUUUGUUGCUGCAGGUGGGCAGGAUGUGUUUGAAAUCUACCUCUGGUCCAUGAAGAUUGGCCGACUUCUAGAAGUUUUGAGUGGCCAUGAAGGUCCAGUGAUCAGUGUUGCAUUUUCUCCCUCUCCCACAAGCACAACUCUCGCUUCGGUUAGUUGGGACAAAACACUCAAAAUCUGGAACACCAUUGAGGUGGGCAGUGACCACGAAAGUGUGCUUUUAGCAUCUGCUGCUCUUUGCGUUUCAUUUAGGCCAGAUGGUGAAGAGAUUGCGGUGGCCACUCUAGAUGGUCAGAUUUCCUUUUUUGAAACCAAAUAUGCCAAUCAGACUGGAAAUAUAGAAGGCAGAAAUGACCUAGGAGCUGGUAGGUCAGACACUGAUCUGGUCACAGCCAAGUCAAAUCUCAAGGGGAAAGCUUUUACUUCUUUGUGCUACACUGCUGACGGAGAGUGCAUACUGGCAGGAGGCCAGUCAAAAAAUGUCUGCAUUUAUCAUGUUGCUGAAGGGCUUCUGAUGAAGAAAUUCGAAGUGACUCAAAAUAGGUCCUUGGACAGUGUUGAUGACUUUGUGAACAGAAGAAAUAUGUCUGAAUUUGGAAAUAUGAUGCUGAUUGAGAGGAGAGAAGGGGGUGAUGUGGCUAUCAAAUUGCCAGGUGCCAGAAAGGGAGACAUGGCUGCUAGGAGUUUCAAGCCUGAAGUGCGAAUUUACGGACUGCACUUUUCACCAACAGGCACUGCUUGGGCUGCUGUGACUACUGAGGGGCUUCUUAUUUACUCCCUUGACCAAGGGAUGAUGUUUGAUCCCUUUUUCCUUGACGAAAGCAUAACCCCAGAAUCAAUGAAAAAAAUCCUUAAAGAAAAAGAAUGGUCAAAAGCUUUGAUGAUGGCAACGAAAUUGAAUGAGAAACCACUAAUCCAGGAGGUGCUUGAAACAAUUCCAGCAUCAGAUAUUGAAAUGACUGCAAGAACAAUGCCAAUCGUGUAUGCUGAAAGGGUACUUAAGUUUGCUGGUCUUGUUUUGGAGAACACUCGACACCUCGAGUUUUACUUGUUGUGGGUAGAGCACCUGCUAACCUCUCAUGGGCAGCAUCUUCGUCAAACCAGUGCCCAGUCAAUGCCGUUGCUUCUUACCAUUGAAAAGAGUGUCAACAGAAGGCAUGAGGAUCUCAGCAAAUUGUGUGAUUUCAACAAGUACACCCAGGAGUACAUCCUGAGACAGGCAAAAAUGCAUCAAAAAAAGCUCGAGGAGGAGAACGAAGUUGAAAUGGAGCGGGUAGACAAAGAUGAUGAAAUGUCUGUUGACGAAUAAAAAAAGUAUUCAAAAGAGACGCCGGGCGCGACGCUGAGCGCCUUGUCCCACUCACCGAGCCGUACCAUCACUUCACAGUACCUUCGGAGGGCACCUGCCCUCAGAAAACUGUUGGCUGCCCUCCUCAGGUCAGCCUCCGCUCUCUGUCCGUGACCUCCAGCCGCUUUUAGCUCCUCUUGUGUUGCAUCAGCCUACAAAACGUGAGUGAAAUCAGAAAACAAA